ACCCUUCUAGCACGUUAGAUCAUUUAGAUCUUACAUCUUCCUCCAAUGAUGCUACUCCGUCCAAUGUUCUUUUAGAAAAUAAGGAACAAGACAGGAAACGUCGUAAAUUGGAUCAUUUGAUAGAUUCAACUGGUGAUGGCAGUGGAGUUCGUCGACCUGGUCAAUUUUUGGUGGAAACACCGGAUUUAGUAGCAUCGACUGGAAUAAUAUAG